AUGCAGGCUGAAGCACAGCCGGUGCCACAAAAGCUGCAUGGGUUCUCAUUGGUGGAGCAGCAGUACGUGACAGAGUAUGCCUCGCAGGUGCUGAUGUAUCGCCAUGACAAGACGGGGGCCCAGCUCAUGAGCGUCAUCAACUCGGAUGAGAACAAGACCUUUGGCGUGACCUUCAGGACGCCAGUGGCCAACAGCCGAGGGGUGCCACACAUUCUGGAGCACAGCGUACUUUGUGGCAGCCGCAAGUACCCAAUCAAGGAGCCCUUUGUGGAACUAAUGAAGGGCAGCCUCAACACCUUCCUCAAUGCCUUCACCUAUCCGGACAGAACCUGCUACCCGGUGGCCUCCAUCAACCUGCAGGACUUUUACAACCUUGUCGAUGUUUACCUAGAUGCCGUCUUUCACCCGCGAUGUGUGGAGGAUCCUCGCAUCUUUGCACAGGAAGGCUGGCACUACGAGCUGGAUGACAAGGAGGCCCCAUUGACCUACAAGGGUGUUGUCUUCAAUGAGAUGAAGGGCGUCUACUCCUCCCCGGAUGCCGUAAAUGGUCGCGUCACGCAGUCCGCACUGUUCCCAGACAACACAUAUGUUGAGGACAGCGGCGGCGACCCCAUCGCCAUCCCUGACCUCACUUUUGAGGAGUUUCAGAAAUUCUACUCCGACUACUACCACCCCUCCAAUGCCCGCUUUUGGUUCUAUGGUGACGACCCUGUGGAGCAGCGGCUGCGGCUGGUGGAUACCUACCUCCAGGAGUUUGAGGCGCGCCCAGUGGACUCCUCAGAACCGCGGUGUGUGGUUGCCCACUACGCGGCGGGCGAGGGCAGUGACAGCAGCUGCGAAGCACGUGCCUUUGUGUCGCUCAACUGGGUGCUGACCGAGCAGCCGCUGGACCUGGAGACAGAGCUGGCGCUGGGCUUCCUCAACUACCUUAUGCUGGGCACCUCCGCCUCGCCACUGCGCAAGGCCCUCAACGACAGCGGGCUGGGCGAGAGCAUCAUUGGGGGGGGCGUAGAGGAUGAGCUGAGGCAGCCCGUCUUCUCGCUGGGCCUCAAGGGCGUGAAGGAGGAGGACGCAGCCAAGGUGGAGGCCCUGAUCCUGGAUACCCUGGAGCAGCUGGAGAAGGAGGGGUUCAGCCAGAGCGCGGUGGAGGCGGCCGUGAACACCAUCGAGUUCAGUCUCAGGGAGAACAACACCGGCCGCUUCCCGCGUGGCCUCUCCCUUAUGCUGCGCUCCAUGUCGGCCUGGAUUUACGACCGCGAUCCUUUCCAGCCCCUCAGAUGGCAGGACGACCUGGAGAAGUUUAAGGCGCGGCUGGCACGAGGGGAGGACGUGUUUGGGCCCCUCAUCCGCAAGUACCUUUUGGACAAUGGGCACCGCGUGACUGUGGAGCUGCGCCCUGACAGUCAGCUGGGUGAUUCCAUUGCGCAGACGGAGCAGCAGCGUCUGCAGGCAACGCGCGACGGCAUGGGCAAGGGCGAUCUGGAGAAGGUGGUGGCCUCCACACAGGAGCUCAAGGAGCGACAGGAGACGCCUGACCCGCCCGAGGCCCUGUCCUGCAUCCCUUCGCUGCGCCUGGCGGACAUCCCCAAGACGAUCACAACCAUCCCCACCACCAUAAUUGACGCCACAGGUGGUGCCACCAUCCUGUCCCACGACCUCUUCACUAACGACGUCCUCUACCUGGACAUCGCCUUUGACAUGCGCCCUCUGCCGCGCGACCUUCUCCCCCUGAUGCCCCUCUUCUGCCGCUGUCUCACCCAGAUGGGCACCAGCACCGAGAGCUUCAUUGAGCUGACAGAGCGGAUUGGGUGCAAAACCGGCGGCCUCUCUGUGUCCCCCUCUGUCAUGAGCAAGAAGGGCAGCGAGGAGCCACUGGCCUACGUCACGGUGCGGGGCAAGGCAAUGGCUAGCAAGGCUGGCGACAUGCUUGACAUCGCUCGAGACAUCCUGCUCACUGCUCGCCUGGAUGACUGUGAUCGCUUCAAGCAGAUGGUGCUGGAGACCAAGAGCAGCCUAGAGGCAGGAGUGGUAGGAGCGGGGCACAGCUUCGCGGCCAGCCGGCUGGACGCGCAGCGCAACAUGGCGGGCUGGGUCAACGAGCAGAUGGGUGGCAUCUCCUACCUGGAUUUCAUUCGGAGGCUGGUGGGCCGCGUGGAGUCGGACUGGGAGAGCGUGCAGGCGGAUCUGGAGGCCAUCAGAAAAGCGCUGCUGCAGCGGCAGGGAGUGCUGCUCAACAUGACAGCCGAUGAGAACACGCUGAGACUGGCCACGGCCCAUGUGGAUGCUUUCCUCGACUCCCUGCCCAGUGUCUCGGGUACGGCAGCAGCCUGGAAUGUGCCGCUGCAGCGCCAGAACGAGGCGCUCGUGGUGCCCACGCAGGUUAACUAUGUGUGCAAGGCUGCCAAUCUUUAUGAAGAUGCCGGCUAUCAGCUGUCGGGUGCCAGCUACGUGAUCAACAAGUCGCUGUCUACCAGCUGGCUCUGGGAUAGGGUGCGCGUGGUGGGCGGUGCAUAUGGCGGCUUCUGUGACUUCGACACCCAUUCUGGCAUGUUCACCUUCUCCUCGUACCGCGACCCCAAUCUGCUAAAGACUGUUGAUGUCUUCGACGGCACAGUAGAUUUCCUGCGGGAGCUGGAGAUGAGUGAAGAUGAGCUGUCCAAGGCCAUCAUUGGCACCAUUGGGGAUAUCGAUGCCUACCAACUGCCAGAUGCCAAGGGGCGCACCGCCUUCAUGCGCCACAUCCUGGGCAUCACCGACGAGGAGCGCCAGCAGCGCAGGGAGGAGAUUCUGGGUACCAGCGCGAAGGACUUUCGCCAGUUUGCCGACGUGCUUGCUGCAGUGCGCGACAAGGGGCACGUGGUGGCCGUCACCUCAGCUGACAAGCUGGAGGCGGCACAGGCUGAGCGGCCGGGCUUCUUUUCGGCGGUGAAGAAGGUGCUCUGA